AUGAGAAGCCGUUUUCAGAUUUUAGCCAGUUUCCUGCUGUUUUUACUACACAUUAAUUGGGUAAAUGGCUAUAGGCCAAUUGUACAACCGGGAGAGAAGUUAACUACAUCCGAAGAGCCAAAACCAUGGUAUAGAACCAUUUAUGGUGACAAAGUAGAGAUUGUCACACCUACCGUUGUUGCAGGUGUUACUUUUUCACGUAAACCAUUAGAGACGCCUGAUCCAUUGGAACCAUGGGUUUCAUUAAAUAAAAAUGGUAUACCUAAAACUAUCAAGCCUGAAAUUAAGAAUGGUAGAACCAAGAAUGGGCAUCCUGAUUACUCCACCUUUUUCAAAGAAGUUCACACCAAAACUCUUGGUUAUGAUGAUUUGAAGGCGGAGAAUAUGGAUUACGGUGAUGUACAUGAGGAAGAGGUUUUUGAAGAUGAAGAUGAGACUUAUACUUCUUUGAAUCCCAUUGUUAGAUGUACUCCCAAGAGGUAUUUUAAUAAGGGCCAUUCCAAGAACAUUCCCAGUGAACCAUUUUGUACUCCACAUGAAGAUUCUAUCUGGAAUGUGGGUAAAACUUAUUUCUUGACCUGGUAUACUCACUUCUUCAGGGAUGAACAUUCGAAUGAAGUUGUCGAAAGAGUCAGGAUUCAUAUGGCCUACAUCAGAGAGAAAUCUAAUGAGAAGGGUGUUUUGAAAAGAGAUGCACCAUCUGCUACUUUUUUCCAUUCUGAAUGGAUUAAAAAUGCAGACGGUGUUUACCCAAUAGAAAUUCUUCACGAAUGGUUACAAGGUGUAAGAACUCGCAAAAUUGUUAUCUCUGUGCAACCAGAAACUGUAUCGGAUGCAGAGUUUGAUCCAUUGACACACGGUGUAUUUGUGUAUUUGGAUGAAGGUAGUAGAGUCUACAAGCAAACUAAUAAAGAAUUGGCAUUGAAUGAUGCGGGUAUUACUGAUGAUAAAUGGUACUACGUGGUGGUUUCAAUUCCCACAGCCGUGAUUGUUGCACUUGUAUUGAUGUACUUCUUUAUUAUUGCCAAUCGUAGAUACAGUGAUUUUUCAGAGGUUACCAACAAGGCAUGGCAAAAGAAACAUCGUGUUCUAGGUAAAGUUACCGAUUUUAAGAAGUACAAAAACAUGAAGAAUAGACCCUACUCAGAAUUGCCUAUGCAUAAUAAGGGAAAUCCAGGCAAACAGAGUUAA